UUAGUCGUAACUAGACCCAUGGUUGUGAGUUGUCUUUUUUUUUCCGCGGUUUUCUUUAUUUUGUUUGUUUUGACGGCAAACUGCUUCCCCAUAACAGAUCGAUUACAGAUGAAUUGGGUCUCGAUUUGAUCAGUAGUGACUUUCUGUCUGCAAACGAGUCUUCUCAACAUGUGAAAACCGAUUUCAUCUUCUAUUUUUAAAUACUAUGACAGUUAAUGACUACCACUAACUUUGCACGUCUGUCAUACUUUCAUUAUAUCUGGGUUAUUGGCCGAGAAGAUGCCGGAAUAUUAGCCGAGUUCUUAGCGUGAUUAAUUCAUAUCCAGCCAUCUCGACCGAACAAGCUUGGUCAAUAAAGGAUUUACUAUAUGGGAUAAAAAACACCCAAAAAGUUAUUCGCGUUUGAUCGGGACACGAGCGUACGCAAUCCCGAGCUGGCAAUAUGGUGCCGUCUUGUCCGCUUUGGUAGCCAACCACGGCGCAGUAUUUGGUUCAUCACGGGGCUAGCCAUAUAAUAAGAGUUCACAUAGACGUCUUGUCUCCAUUCUGCACAAUAAGAUUGGUUGGUGUCUAAACAUCUGGUGGUUAGAUGUUAAAUAAAUGCCAAGUGACGGGGAUUUGAGCGCGGCUUAUUGGUUGUAAUGCUAUUACUAGAAUUAAAAUUGUCGCAUGUACGUGCUCCUAACAGUUCGCUCAAUACACGUCAGAAGGCGGAAACUUCGACAGAUCAGAGAAAUGCGGUGCAGGGCCUUUUGCCUCUUCUUCAUCAUUUUAAAUGUUGAAGUUGCUCAUCCUUUGGAUAAACGAAAUGACUCUUGUGUGAAGUUUCAUUGGGAUCGUAGGUUUGAAUUCGGUUUUUUCUCCAAGGAAAACCACUCAUUGAAAGGCUACGUUCGUAAUUUAACAAAUAAUUGCCUUCAACAUCAUUCAGCAGUUGGGACAAAAAGUUGUCCAGCUCUUUCGGUGAAAUUUCCGUUGAUCUCUAGAGAUCCAAAUAUAACGUUGAACAAGCUGCAUAGACCUGUCUUGGCUACAAAAGAAGCCUCUACCAACACUGCAAGUCAGAUUCUGCGCGCGUUUGAGAAGAUAUGGCAACUGUUCAUUCUCUGCCUAAUGGCUGCCAUGUUAUCAGGAAUUCUGAUCUGGUUUUUUGAUCACAAAGCAAAUUCUGGACACUUUCCAAACCCAUUUUGGAGCGGCAUACGGGAAGGUUUGUGGUGGGCCAUUGUUACCAUGACAACAGUGGGGUAUGGUGACAAGACGCCGCGGUCGUUCCUGGCGCGAGCCUACGCUUCACUGUGGAUGAUAAUAGGAAUGCUGUUAAUGUCAACCUUUACUGCCCAGAUCUCCUCGUCCAUUACGGCUGAUGGACUGAGUCCUUUAAACGAGAUAUUUGGAAACAAGAUUGGUGUACCUUUAGGAAGCAAGAGUUUCUUUCAGAAAUACUGCUACGGAGCGGAAUCAGUGAUAGAAUAUUCAACUGAGCGUGAACUCCUCACAAGCUUGCAGAAUGGUACUGUAGAUAAAGUCUGGAUGUUUGGCUGCCAGGCUAAUCAUAAAGAAAUAAGUCCAGAUUUCACGAUCGUCAGCGUUCUCGAUGAUGACUUUAUGCGGCAGAAACCUACAAUAGGAGUAAGAGUUCAAUUCUUGAACAGAAGCUACUUCGAUCAAAAUUUUACCGAAUGUUUGGAAAUGGAUGGUGACGAUGAUGAUAACGAUCGUGAUGAUGAUGAUGAUGAUGAUGAUGACAAUCUAUUCUGGAAACAGGAUUUCCGCUGCCUAAAAGACCAUAGCAGAGGGAAAUACCGUCAAGAUGUGAAGCGGGCUUCAUCUACUCGCCGGUUGGGACUCAUCGAUCAUGUUCUGCUGGCCUGUGGCGCUCUGAUCAUCAUCUUGUUGACGAUAGGAGCACUGUGGAAUGUUAGCAUCAGAGUCAGACACAUGGAAAUCACCGCUGGUAAUGCUGUUGAUGUUGAAAAGGGAGUAUGGAACAUCGAACUAGGAGUGAAAACAAGUGAACUGCAAACGAAGGAGCUGACUGUAGUUUCCGGCUGAGCGUAUUAAAGGAGCUACGCCAUAGAACGCGCAUCUUAAAACUUUUUUAAAGUUUGUUAAUUGUAAUCCGUGUAAAUCUUUCUCGGUCGUGACCAUCCUUAUUCAUUUUUGUUUUUUAAAUUACAAUUUGAAGUCAUUCUGUCUUAGGAAAUUAUCUAAAGUAAUCAGAAAAUGACUUAAAAUGUCGUGACAUUGCUGCUUUAAGAACAGAUACAUGUGAAAGUAAAUGUAUUAGAUACUUAAUUGCAUGUUUUGUAAAUAAUUGCUCAUCCCUGCAAAGUGGGUUGAGCUAAAUCGGUCUAGAUACGCCCAUAGUCUUCCUUGAAAACUCUAUCCACGAAUGGCCUCGCGCUGGUGUAUAGACGUUUUGUUGGUUUUCCAACAUCUCAGCUAAUCAAAUCAAAGAAUAUCAAGCUCUCCACGUGCACUGUACCAGCUCCCGAUUAUGCUCUGCUUCCUUGACUUUGAUUAGCCAAGCGAUGGAAAAACCAACAAAUUGAUGUCUAUCUUGAAUUUCAGCCAUUCGCUGGAGUCGCGCCCAACGAGAUGGUUCAAUUUCAAGUUGCGGACAAAAAAAAAUACUGUUUGGUGGUAAAAUGUGGGGUAAAUGAAAUAUUACUGUUGCACGUACUACAAUUUAACAUAACUAAAUGACUACUGGCAAACAUUGCUGUUUUCAGUAAAACUUUUAUUUCUCAUAGCCUUCAGCAGAUCACUCAGUUCAUUUAAAUCGUUCAAAAACAUUUCAAGCGAACGAUGCCCCUGCAUAAUUCACUAUUAAAUAGAUUUACUGUCAAUGUAUUUUCUAAGUAUUGUAGUUUGUGACCACUGUAUUUACUUCUUAUAUUUAAUACUUUCUAGAACCUUAGCUGGAAUUUGAAAUAAUCUUGUUACCUCUAAUCGAUUCAGUUAGAGAGAGUUCACCUGAAAAGAGAUAAACACCUUAAGAUUUUCAGGUCGACAGACUUCCUCCAACAGCCAAAAAAAGAAACUACACAUUGCACGGCAACAAAAGCACACAAA